AUGUCAGCUUUAUCAAGUAUUUUUAGUCUCAUGACGGACUUAAAUAGUAGCAAACGCCCGUUUAACGACGUGGAGACAUCAAUACAAUUGUCACUUUGCGAACCAUCUUCUACUAUUGCGUGCUGCAAUGAAUGUGGCAAGACCAAUGUCAAGUAUCGUUGUCCUCGAUGUGAAUAUAUUACGUGUUCAUUAUUAUGCUGUGUGAGUCACAAGAAAAAGUUUAAUUGUGAUGGAAAACGUGAUCGUACCAAGUUCAUACAGAUUCAGAAAUUUACCGAUGCUAAUCUUUCCAGUGAUUAUUUUUUUCUAGAAGAGGUCUCUCGCUCAACAAACAGUGCUGCAAGAUCUCGCAGCCAGCUAAAUGCUAAUGUACGACGCUAUGCUAGCAACAAGAAGCGCAAAGGUGCAACGGAUUGUGACAAGACUGGACCUUUGUCAGGUCUUAUCAAUCCUGACGUUCCUGCGGACUGGUUGGCGCGUUUUCCCGUUGCUGUGCAGAUGUUUGCUCAAUACUCGGCUAAACGAGGUGUAGCGUUAACGCUUCUUGCUCCAGGUAUGAGCAAACGGGCACGCAAUUCGUCGUACAUGGACAAGAAGAAAAAUACAAUGUACUGGCGUGUUGAGUGGGUCUUUCCUAGUGCAACGGUGCCCGUGGCUCAUUAUGAGGAACGAGCGAAUGAAAACAAUUCACUUUUUGCGCUACUAAAAAAGUAUCUAACGCCCACCCAGGAAAAUGUUGCUAUGCGUGCAAAGCUCAAAAAGUAUGCUGUGCCCGACUGGGAGAAGCAUAUCUUGCUGCUUUUGCGGAAGGAGUUUACACCGACAUCGCAACCACAGUACUACCGACUGAACGGCAAGGAGAGCCUUGAAAGUAAUUUAAAGCGAAAGGCCGUGGUCGAGUUUCCUGUGAUUAUCGUUGCGCUUGUGGCCGACGCUGAUAAGUACCUCAUAGCUCACGACGUGAUUGAGGCAAUUUCUUCUGAUGCAAACGAUCAGCAGCCUGCUGCUGAAGAACCAGAAGCUAUGGAGAUCGAAGAUGAGGGAGUAAAUUGCAAGACCUCGAUGGAGUUGCUGACAGGCAAAGGCACCAACAUUCUGGAGACUCUUGUUGCUGUCUCGGACGAGGAAAGCGAGAAAGUUGAGACUUCUGUACAGCACAAGGGUCCUCUGAAAGAGGAGUUUGAAGCCGCAAAGUCGGUUCUGACAUGA